AUGUUCACAACUUCAAAAAAGGUUCAUUUCUCAUUUUUCGUUGGCCAAAUUUUCAAGAUAAAACUUUCAGUUACGGGUCUCAUCAUCUCAAAUCUCUACAUCUCUUGUAAAAACCAUGACAACUUCCUCUUCAAACCCUGGACCGUCAUAUUUUUCUGGAAUCCAGCCGACUGGAAUCCCUCAUCUCGGCAACUAUUUUGGUUUUAUCGAACCUUGGAUUCAGUUCCAAAAAGUUUGGAGAUUGUCUUGAAAUUCGACUUUUUUGUUUUUUCAGACCCUUCCCAAAUCAACUUGUAUGAUACUUUCAGUAGUUGAUCAGCAUGCGAUUUCCCUUGGGCCGAAGAAUCCGGAGCAGGUAAAAUUGUUAGGUUACUGUAAUAAUAGGAAAAUUGUACAUUUCCAAGGUUUUUUCACCAAAAUCGGACAAAUUGUCAGAAGUUUAGUCCAAAAAUGUUUAUAUGCAUUCUAUAUAGAAAUAUUUUUUUACAUUUUCAAAUUUUUUUAAAAAAAGAUUUUUUUAAAGAGAGAACAUUUGAUCGGAACGGAAAAAAAAGAUUGUUGUUUGGAUCUGUCACUGGAUCUUUUUUAAAGGCAAAAAAAUAUUCAUAUAUUAUAUCUUUUUCCACACUCAACAAUUCGUUUUUUUUUUUCUGAUUUUACAUUUCAUUUUUUUUCAGCUCCGAUCCGACACCCGACGAAUGGCCACCGGCCUGGUCGCCUGCGGCGUAGAUCCUUCGAGGACGCUUCUUUUCCGACAGUCCGACGUUCCGCAGAUCGCACAGCUCUCCUGGAUCCUCGGCUCCUUGCAGACGUCGACCAAACUCAUGAGGCUGCCCCAGUACAAGGACAAGGCCUCCAAGUGAGUCCGACUCCUCUUGAUGCACAUCUUCGCCUCAGGUUUCAGAAAGGCGACGUCCCCGUCGGACUGCUCACUUAUCCCCUUCUGCAGGCCGCCGACGUCUUGA